GUCGUGUUGCUUAUGUGAAAAAUGAUUGUCUAGCUUAUUGAUUGCUGCUCCGUUCGCUAACAAGAUUUUUUUUUUAGUUUCGCAAGAUUUUUCUCUUGACUAGCCGCUGAAAUCACCUCGAUAUUUUCCAUCUCGUCCAUUCCGUAUCUGCGUUUCAGGAUACCUGGAAUCAUCCUAUGAACGGGCUAAACUAAAACUUACAUUACAGUCCGAUAUUACCCAAAUAUUGCUGCAUAUACUUACCUAUAUUGUUGAUCCAAUACGAAGAACGGGUUGAAUGACUAAACCUUUCAAUCGACUAAAAAUCCCCGCUUCGGACGAGCGAAACCAUCAUCCUACAGGUCAGAGUUUUACGAGUUGCUUUAGUUCGAUUCCUUGCUUACGCAACUAAUGAGUUGCAAUUGAGACGCUUCACUCCAUGUUAAAACCAUGGCAACGGCAGACCUACUUAGCUUGUUGAUUUUUCUAGUGUUUACACUGUGUUCUGCUUCUGCGGAAAACAACGAACCAAAUUUAGGCUUCGGAUUAGAGUUGAUUUUGACCAAACUGGAACAGUUGGAGCUCAAAUUGGUAGCAUUAGAACAACAAAAUCAAUUGCUUGUCGAACUACUGAACAAGCCCUGUUCGAAGGUUGUACAUAAAGAUACGACGAUUUUAAAGCAAAUUGAUCCACCGAGUUCUUUGAUCGUCACUGAUGAAUUGACUGAUGAAAAUGAAAUAUACUCAUCGUGUUCCAAAGUUCCGUUGGCGAAACCGGGAAAAUAUUUGCUCAAGCCAACAGAAACAUCGGAGCCUUUCUACGGGUUUUGUGACGAAAAUUCGCACGGCAAGGGUUGGAUGGUAAUUCAAAGGCGCUUCAACGGCACGGAGAUAUUCUAUCGGAAUUGGACGGAUUACAAGACAGGGUUCGGUAGUUUGGAUGGCGAAUUUUGGUUUGGACUCGAUCGUAUUCAUCUUUUCACAAGUACCAGGAAACAUGAGAUAAUGUUCGAUUUAAUGGACUUCAAAGGUACUAGCAUAUAUGCUAUAUAUAAGGCAUUUCUUAUAGGAAGUGAAGCUGAGGGGUACGCGAUCAAGGAGUUGGGUAUGUUCAACGGAAAUUACGGUGAUUCAUUUGAGUAUCACAAAGGAAUGAAAUUCACUACUUUUGAUCGCGACAACGAUGAGCAUAAAAUUAAUUGUGCCGUGCUGCACCAUGGCGCAUGGUGGUACAGGAGUUGCUACAAAAGUAACCUCAACGGCAAAUAUGUACACGGUCACGAUUUUCAAUCCAUGGUCUGGAGCACAUUCCAAGAAGGCCAAGGCUUACAGCUGUCCAAGAUAAUGAUACGAGAAGUUUGAGUCAUUAAUCGGUCAGAAAAGGUUGACUCUUUGACGUCUGCUGAACGCCUGAGGACUGUUGUUUUGAUUGCGUAUCCUAUGCGAAAAUCGCCAUUUGACUGAGACCAAUUUGUGUAUAGAGGCACAACACCUGUCUUAGAACGACCAACUGGCAGCUAGUUGGUGUCAGUUACUGACGAGUGGAACAUGAAACAUUAAGAUCCUGUUUAUCAAAUAAUAAUUAUUUUGUUGUUGCGAUAAACAAACCACCGAUGAAAUCAACAAAAACUAGUAUUAAAGCAGCGAUAUUA